CUCUGAAUCAUUAUGUCGGACAUAUUGGCUCUCUAGGUGGCCAAAGGAGCCCCUCGCAACAUUUUCAUAUUUAACUUAUUUCACAGAUGUGCCGGCAAGUUAUAAUAUAACAGUUUUAGUUUUGAUGAAUGUAGCGUGGCAAUAGUCGAGUUUCAACAUGUCGGGGGACAGGGAAAUAGCCGCAGAGGACAGUAUCAAAGUGGUCUGCCGUUUUAGGCCACUCAACGAUUCAGAAGAAAAAGCUGGGAGUAAGUUCAUCGUUAAAUUCCCUUCUGGAGGUGAUGAGAAUUGCAUCUCUAUAGGGGGAAAAGUAUAUUUGUUUGAUAAAGUAUUUAAGCCCAAUGCUUCACAAGAAAAAGUUUACAAUGAAGCUGCGAAAUCUAUUGUAUCCGAUGUACUCUGCGGAUACAAUGGAACGAUCUUCGCCUAUGGUCAGACAUCAUCGGGGAAGACGCACACGAUGGAAGGUGUCAUAGGUGAUCAAAAUAGGCAGGGUAUAAUUCCGAGGAUUGUUAAUGACAUCUUCAACCAUAUUUACGCAAUGGAAGAAAACCUAGAGUUCCAUAUCAAAGUUUCAUAUUUUGAAAUUUAUAUGGACAAAAUUCGUGAUCUUCUGGACGUAUCAAAAGUCAACUUGAGCGUCCACGAAGAUAAGAAUCGAGUGCCUUUCGUAAAAGGGGCUACAGAAAGGUUUGUUUCCAGUCCAGAAGAGGUUUUCGAAGUCAUCGAAGAAGGAAAAGCUAACAGGCAUAUCGCAGUAACCAACAUGAAUGAGCAUAGCUCCAGAAGUCACAGCGUUUUCCUUAUAAAUGUUAAACAAGAAAAUUUGGAAAACGAGAAAAAACUUUCCGGAAAACUUUACCUUGUUGAUUUGGCCGGUAGUGAAAAAGUGUCGAAAACCGGUGCUGAAGGUACGGUCCUGGAUGAAGCGAAAAACAUCAAUAAAUCACUGUCCGCACUCGGUAACGUAAUCUCAGCCCUCGCCGACGGAAACAAGACCCACAUCCCUUACAGAGAUUCCAAGUUGACGAGGAUCUUGCAGGAGUCGCUGGGAGGAAACGCGAGGACGACCAUCAUUAUCUGUUGUUCACCUGCCUCUUUCAAUGAAUCUGAAACAAAGUCAACAUUAGAUUUCGGCCGAAGAGCUAAAACUAUCAAGAAUGUAGUUACUGUAAAUGAAGAACUGACGGCGGAAGAAUGGAAGAGGAGAUACGAGAAAGAAAAGGAUAAAGUUGGAAGGCUCAAAGGAAAAUUGGAAAAAUUGGAGAUUGAAUUGAACAGGUGGCGACAAGGAGAGACUGUAAAUCUGGAGGAACAGGUGAACUUCCAGGAGCCGGUAGAAGUUGCUACACCUGUCACUUCAACCGUCGAAAUUAUUAAACCUGGCCUUCCAGUUCCUGCGACUCCUGGCAUAAUGCUCGGCUCCUUGUCGAACGAGGAAAGGCAGAAGCUAGAAGAAGAAAGGGAGCGACUGUACCAGCAGCUGGAUGAGAAGGACGAGGAGAUCAACCAGCAAUCGCAAUACAUUGAGAAGCUCAAGGAGCAGAUGCUUGAACAAGAAGAAUUAAUAGCAUCUACAAGGCGCGAUUACGAACUUCUCCAGCAAGAGAUGAACAGAAUCACUCAGGAGAACGAAUGCGCCAAAGAAGAAGUCAAGGAAGUUCUACAGGCUCUUGAGGAAUUGGCUGUGAAUUAUGACCAGAAGUCUCAAGAAGCCGACACCAAGAGCAAGGAGAACGAGAACUUGGCUGAAGAGCUUUUGUCAAAGCAGUCCUUGUUGAACACCACUUCUUCCGAGCUCCAGCAGCUGAAAGACAUGUCUUCCCAUCAAAGGAAGAGGAUCAUGGAAAUGCUUGCCAACUUACUCAAAGACCUUUCAGAAAUAGGUGUCGUCAUUGGAGGUGGCGACAGCGAAAUCAAGGUCUCAGCUGACAGCAAUGGAAAACUAGAAGAAGAGUUCACAGUCGCAAGGCUGUAUAUAUCGAAAAUGAAAUCCGAAGUUAAGAAUUUGGUACAGAGGUGUCAAGGUUUGGAAUCGUACCAAGUGGAUUCGAAUAAGAAGAUUUCGGAGUACGAGAAGGACCUUGGCGAGUGCCGAUUACUCUUGUCUCAGACCGAAGCCAGAAUGAAAUCUCUUCAGGAGUCCAUGAGGGAGACCGAGGCCAAGAAGAGGGCUCUCGAGGAACAGCUGGACACGCUGAGGGAGGAGUGUGCCAAGAUGAAAGCUGCAGAACAAGUACACGCAGUCUCGUCGAAGGAGAAGGCCGAAGAGAAGAAAAACGAGGCGACGAUGAGGGUCGCCCUGGAGCAGCAGAUGGACCAGCUCAGGGACACCUACCAGAAGCAGAUCGCGGCCCUCAGAGACGAGAUCGCAGAGAAGCAGGAACAGGUGUCGAUCGUCAAGGACGAGAACCAGAAGUACACCCUCGCCCACCAGCAGCUCCAGCAGGACUACGAGAAGCUCAAGCAGGAAGAGCAAGAGAAGAGCAACAAGCUGCAAGAGCUUAUGCUGACAGUAGAAAGGAGGGAGCAGGCCCGGAAAGAUCUCAAGGGGCUUGAGGACACCGUCGCCAAAGAGUUGCAGACGCUCCACAACCUUAGGAAGCUGUUCGUCAUGGAUCUCCAUGCAAGGAUCAAAAAGUCCGCCAAUGCAGAAGAUGAGGACGAUGGCGGCUCCCUCGCCCAGAAACAAAAGAUCUCGUUCCUCGAGAACAAUUUGGACCAAUUGACCAAGGUACACAAGCAGCUGGUCAGGGACAAUGCCGAUCUCAGGUGCGAGCUUCCAAAGCUGGAGAAGAGGCUGAGGGCUACGAUGGAAAGAGUAAAGGCGCUGGAAACUGCAUUGAAGGAGGCUAAGGAAGGCGCGAUGAGAGACAGGAAGAGGUACCAGUUCGAAGUGGACAGGAUCAAGGAGGCUGUGAGGCAGAAGAACCUCGCCAGGCGAGGACCUUCAGCCCAGAUCGCUAAGCCUAUCAGAGCUGGGCAGUACCACGUCAUCUCUAGCGGUGGCGGAGGCGGGAGGACCAUCAUUUCCCCAUCGAGGCCGGUCGACGACGAGCCGAGGAAGCGGAAAGCAAUUGGUGCAGAGAGCUGAAGGAAGGAGGAAAGUGGCCCCCGAACGAACGAGACUAUUGGUGCUUAAAACUUCCUCAUCACAGCCUCCGUCUCCACGCUCUGCGUUUCGGUUCUGUUUUUUAUCUUAUUUUUAUUUGAGCUUUUUUUUUUACCAAAGACCUCUUCCUUUCUCACUAAUUCGAGUCCUCCGGACAAUAAAAAAAAUAUAACGUAGUAAGAGGUAAACAAAAAGAUAAAAUUCCAAAAAAAAUAAAUAAUAAUAAUAAUAAUUGUAACACAAAUAAAUUUAGCUUUAAAAAAAAAAGAAAAAAAGAUACUUAUAGAAGCAGAGAAGAGGAUGGAUGUAGAGAAAGGGGAUGAUGAGUGGGAUACGGAGCAUAGCUUAAUUGUACAUAAAAUUCGCUAUUAUUUUUUUGAUUAUUUUGCCCUUAAGCUUUGUAAAUAAUUACUUGAGAAAAAUAAAUAAAAUUUAUUAAAAAUAUUUGAAAAGUGAAAAAUAACCAGAAGUUUUUUCGAUCUGAUUUGCGUGCAAUAGUCAAAGCUUUCUCACAUUUUUUACAAUGUCAUCACACAACAAAUUUUAAAGAACGGUCAGUUUGUUUUAAUGCCGUAACAGAGUUUUUUGAAAUUGAUUUCCUUACUGUGUAUUUUUUAUAAAAUUUAAUUAUAUAUUUUAUGUUUUCGAGAUGUUAUCUCGCUUCAUUUGUUAUUAUAUUGAAACAACCGCAAACCCGCACCUAGCCCGUUAGCUAGGUGAUCCGGUGUUAGCGGGGAUCCUACGAGAUAUCGUUAUAACAAAUUGACUGUUCUAUCGCUGUGCCUCAACCGUGAAUUUAAAUUUUCGUUAAAUUAUGUUUCUUUAACGAGUAUAUAUAUAUUUUACAUAAACAGAAAAUUAAAAAAAAAAAAGCAUAUUUAAUUUUCUGAGUCCUAUUACCUUUUUUACUGUAUAGUUUUAAUUUAUUUAACUUAAAUGUAUUAGUUAAAAAGAAAAAAAAAAUUCUCACUUGAUUUACAUUAGGUGUAUUAUAAUUGUUUCAUUUUAUUUUAUUUUGAUUUUUUUUUUUUUUUUUAUAAUCAAGAGCACCAUGAUGAAAUGUAUAAACACUAAAACACGACAGUCACGUAUAUUUUUCAAAUUAUAUAAGUAAAAUAUGAAUUACAUUUCAAAUAUUCAGUGAUGCUAUAUGUAUAUUGAAUUAAAUAAGUUAUUUGAAAUGUUUUUGCUUUAUUUUGGGAGCCAUAUAUAUAUAUACAAAUAAAUAUUUAAAAAAAAGUAAUAAAAGAAAAAAAAAUUAUAUAGGAAGAAGUAUUAUUUUAAAUUGUCUCUUUCAUACCUUCCUUGUUAAAAUUUUAAAACGGCUUACGCUAGUAGACUAGCGCUAUUGGUGACGAAAGAGUAAUUUAUUUUUUAAAAUGUUCGAUAAGAACCACUACAUUAUAAGAAGUCUCACAAUUUUAUCAAGUCUCCGAAAGUGUUUCGAAUCGACAAGUUAUUGUCAGCUUAUUAAGAUAGUUUGUAAAUGGUUUAUCAUUCCUUACAUCGCAUCUGACUCUUAUCGAUGAACAAUUUACAAAGUAUUAUUGUAUAAUUCAUUCACAGUGGGCAAUAAAAUGAUUUGAAAAUGGACAAAUCUCAAGAAAUCAACUUUUUAUUUAUUUUAUUUUAUUUUUUAAACUGUUUUAAAAAGGUAUGUAGAGAUAUUUAUAUUAAAUAUUCUUUAUUUUAUAUUACAGAGAUUGCCCAAAGUUUAUUAUUGUAUAACUAAGAGGGAUGGGGGGGAGGGGAG